UUGAGUACUCAUUUUCGUUCUGUCUUCGGUCACGUUCGCCCAGUAUGGCGAUCGCCGUAUCGUGCGCCGCACCCCUUUCACAGCGACACCGACGCCAUCUGUCGACAGUGACGAUUUCUAAGUUUCCAUUUUAGACCGGGAAAAUUAAAUAUGGUUGAUUUGAAACAGUUGGAUGACCAAUGAUUGUCAAUACCGAUAACUACCGAACGAAAAUUCCAAUAAGUCAGAAUAAAUAAUAUAUCGCUUAAAAUCUAUAAUACUAUGGAGUAUAAUAAAAACACGUAAUGCUUUUACCAUGAUUUCUUGUGGAAAUCGUACAUAAGAUGGAAACCGACGAGGAGGAUAUAACCGUACUACCAGUAACGUCAAAGAUGUCGGGUGCUAUCGAGAGACAUAACCAAAAAGUAAGACGAAGAAACGUCACCGAUACAGUGAAUCUUUCUCAAGAUCAUAAAAAUGACUUGAAUUUCACGGCCGAACGUAUCCCACUCGUAUUAUUACCAGACUCGACUGAAGCUUGGUACGAUGGUAUUAUACCAAGAAUACCUGAUACAGCGGAUUUGACAUCAUCUGGUAAACAAAAUGGUGUGCUUGGUCAAGAUAGUGAUACCUUUAUGGAUAAUUCUUGUGUUGGUGUAGAAGAAUUGACGAAUCUAGAGCGUAUGAAAAUAAGUGUUAUACGAGGUACUAUCACGAAGCCGGAUUUAUCAUUGGGAGACUUUAGACUACUUGGAUCCAGUAAUGAAGGAUUUGUCACUGAUGGUAUACGAAGGGUACUUUGGCCAAAGAUACUAAGAUUGUCCAUGGAUGAAAUUAUACCUGUAGAAGGACUAAAAACAAUAUAUACUAAAAUUCCUAAUGAAGUUUAUCAGCAAAUAUUAAAAGAUGUAGCACGAAGUGGAAGUCAUAUUUCUCCAACUGCGACGGAAAAAGAGACUGAACAUUUCCAGGACCAAUUAACGCAGAUUAUUUGUUGGGUUCUUCACAGGCAUCCUGAAUUAAAUUACUACCAGGGCUAUAAUGAUGUAGCUGCAACUAUUUUACUUGUUAUGGGCCUACAAGAAGGUUUAUAUGUACUUGAAAGUAUUUCUAUGGAGUUUCUUGAAAGAUUUAUGGAAAAAACAAUGGAAAAAGUUAAUCAGGAACUCUUUUACAUAUUUGCGCUGUUAGAACGUGUUCACCCUACUCUUCUUGAACAUCUAGAAAAUGUAGAAUUGUUUCCUCAUUUUGCACUAGCUGAAUAUACAACAUGGUAUGCGCACAAAUAUGCAGAAAAUAGGAAAUUAUUGCAUAGAUUAUACGAUUAUUUUCUUAGCUGUCCACCAUUAAUGCCACUUUAUCUUAGUUCCGUAAUUGUAGCACAUCGGGCUACAGAAAUAUUUAAUACUACCCCCGAUAUGGGACAUACCCACAAAGUUUUAUGUACACUACCUGAUAAUUUGCCUUUUGAAACACUUCUUAUUGAUGCAAAAAAUUUGUACUGUCAGUAUCCCCCAGAAUCAAUAAAUAAGGAUGUAAAAGAUUAUGAUUGUAAGAGACGUUGUAAGGAGCAAGAAUGGAAAGCAAAAGCAGAAGCAAGUCGCCAGGAAAGAGAAAGACAACGUCGACUUAAAAUUGUUAAAGCAGCUCCAAGAAUACCUUAUCGCAUUAGAAGUUACAAAACUAUAACUGUUGUAACAAUUUUAGCUCUUGGAUUGUACGCAUUUCUGAAAUCUACAUCAAGUCUUAACUGACAUUAAAUGUACUUCCCCCUUCCGAAAUUAAAAUUGAUAUAUGAUUUAUAAAUGAAAAUUAUUGGUUCUGUAGUAAAUGAUAAUUGGUGUGAAGUUCUGAAUGUUGGUAAAGCUUGAGCAAAAUUGCCUCAAAAAAAAAACACACAAAAAAAAAACAAAAACAAAAAAAAAACAAAAAAAAAACAAAAAAAAACCAAUUAAAAUUUUAAACAUUCCUAAGCUGCCUUUAUGCUGUGUUCUUUGAAGGCGCUGACCAGAACUUUUUAUGCACAUGUUAUAAAAGUCAUUUGUAGAUAGGUGCCUUUAGAAAAUGGUAAACAAUUCUUUUAAAAAUACGACAAAUUGUUAAGAAAUAAUGAACAUACAAUAAAACUUAUUGUAUAAUAUAAAGUGUGCGAUAUAAUGUAUAAAUGGGACGGGUUCGCAUACUUGCGUGUAUUUAUUCAUUAUGUAGAUUGUAUGCUUGACAUUGUAUGACAAAUUGUAUAUACAAAUACAUAAACACAUACACAAAUCUAAAAUAUAAAAGAAAAUACUAUACAUGAAAUCAUAUAUAAUGAUAUUAGCAUGAUAUAUAACGAACAUUAAUAAAAAUUUUUAUUUUUCCAAUAUUAUUAUUAAUUUCUAUACCUUUCAUAUAAUUUUUACAAUUUGUAGUUAUCAAAAUAUUGAUCUGAAAUACAUAAUUGCUUUAGAUGUAUUGUAAGAUAGAUCAAGUGUAAAUUGAAAUUUGUAGUGUAUAUAACGUAUUGAUAAAGGGAAUAUGUUUCUAUGACUUAUUGUUUUUAUCACCUUUAACCUAGAAUUUAUAUUAUAUUAACUAAUAUGAAUAUUUCUUUGUGUAUUACGUUCGUCUAUUGUUUAACGUAUGACUAAUUAUAAUUAUUUUUGAUAGACUUAUUCGAUAUUAAAACUUAGAAAUAUACAAAUUAAGAGAACAGAAUGUGUGUGUGUAUAUAUAUAUAUGUGUGUGUGUGUGUGUGUGUGUGUGUGUGCGUGUGUGUGUGGCAAGAUUUAGUGAAUGUUUAUUAUUUCAAGAUUAUCAUUUAUUAGAUAAUCCUAAUAAAUCAUGACUUCUAGAGAGUAAAACUAAUACCUGAGAUAAAUCCUUAAGAGUAAUUGUAACUAUUUACUUUGUUUAUUUUAUGCUACUUAUUUUAUAUUUGAAAAUAUAGUUGCCGAAGAUGCAGUAAGCAUUUUAAACCAUAAGUAUGUUAAGGAAACUGUGCUUAAAAAGAUAAAAUUAUUAACGUAUAAAAAUAUUUUACGACAGACAUGGACAAUUACAUAAACAACUAUUAUCACUAGUUGUUCGUAUAUCUUUUGUUUGGCAGCAAUUAUUAAAUAUUAUGUGAUUUUUGCUUACAACAUUCUCAGAAUUAAUUCCUAAAUAUUAAUAAAUGUUUUAUUUUCACUUUG